AUGGCUCGCGUUGAUGAGGAAGGAGAAGAACGAGAGGUCCGUCGGAAUAAUGAUUGUGAAAUCCAUCCAAAAUACUUAGUAACGCCAAACGCAAAGUUCAUAGAGCAUAGCAAGAAGUACUUUUCAAGAAUGUUCAACAAUGAGAGAUAUGCUGAGAUGCUAGAUCGUCUUUCACAACAAAUCUAUGAAUAUUACUACAAUAAUCUUGAGGUAUAA